CGACCAUGAGCAAGAGUGGCGACGAUCUCCAGCUCUGCGAGAGCAUGCAGAUUGUCAAGCCGUGGCGUGCGACGUCCGACAACGAUGCCAUGGCCAAAUGGGCCGACGUCGCAGUGAGCUUGAUCAAGCUUGCAGCGUGGCCCGCGACGACUGACGCGGCGACAUGCAAGGCGCGCUGGGAGACGCUUCAAACGAGCAGCAACGACCCUCUAUUGGGCGACGGCGUCUCCCCAGAGCUACAGUCCAUCGUGCAAGAGCUUCUCCACGAAAUCGAAAAGGACGCUGUCGCCAACAACCAACCAAACGCCAAAUUGGUCCUCGGCGGCGCUGCGGUCGCUGGCGCGGUCGCUGCUCCGGUGGCGACCACGGCUGUCGUGGCAGGCCUCGGGUUUACCUCGAGCGGUAUUGCCGCGGGCAGCACUGCUGCUAGCAUGAUGUCAGCCGCUGCUGUGGCCAACGGAGGCGGCGUCGCGGCGGGCUCGACCGUCGCCGUGCUUCAGUCUGUCGGUGCCGCGGGUCUCGGAGUCGCUGGUGGCGUUGCGGUGGCUGCUGUCGGUGUUGCGAUCGCGCUGCCAAUCGCAGGCGCCUUUCUCUGGUUCCGCAAGCCACGCAGCGACGACAACAAGGACGAUCCGAGCAAGUAGCUCUGCGCAGCAACCCCACUGAACGACGAGUACUAGGUACACCCUAGUGGCUUGCUGAAAAUCGAAAUUAAUGCAGACUAAGAACUCAUUUCAACACCAGCGUCGAUUGCAAAGCCGAGACAGCAGAAAACGUUGCUGCGUUCGUAUAGUUACAUGAGACCCCACGCCUUGAGCGCAAUGAUGAGAUGGAGCGCCUCGAGCGUGUUGCCAGCGA